CUUUUUCGUCCUGCUUGUGAGUCGUCAACCUAUCAUGAUACAAAUUGUCCCUUUUAUACCUUUGAAUACCAAGGACAUAAACGAAGAGCAAGAGCGUCUGGGGUAUCAGGCAUGGAUUGCUCAAUUGUCGCGAGUUCUUGAUUCCUCUGAUGCAACUUUCGCCAACGAAUUCGCGGAAAAUGUUGCUUUGCAUGAGUUUGUUUGCGACGUCUUGCAGUCGCAAAUAGACGAUAUUCCGGUGGAUGCCCAUUUGACCAAGUUAGUCUUCUUACUCUUUGUGCGUGCAGGUCAAACAAUACGCUCCGGCAACCAUCUUGCAGCAAGUCCAUUGGUAUCUGUCGAUCAGUUAUCUACCUUUGCCGUCGUGUAUAGCAGCUCCAACGUCAUCGCAGUGCAAGAGUUAUUCUAUUCCUUUCUCAGUGGAGACUCUAGGCUUCUCGGGUCAUUUCGCAAUAUUGUUUCUUUUCUCAUGGAAUGCGUCCGACAAUUGGCAACGGAUCACGUAAAACCAACGCAGGAAUCUUUGGAACGUUCAUAUACACUAGUACGGCUAUUGAAUGCCAUAGUAUCAGCCACCGCGAAAAUGCACGAUGUAUUUGAACACUCGGAAUUAGAGAAUACUCUAUUUGACAGCUAUGGGAGGUUAUCGCCUGUCUUGGAGGAUGUUGCGAACGAUACAACCCUGGGACCGUACGUCUAUUUGAUCAAACUCGAGUUGGUGUCGACCUUCAAUACGCUGAUGGAUAUGCUGUUUUUUCGUCGGCUUGGAUUCUUCUCUGGGGUUGAUCAUGAGAUGCUGAAGAAGUUAUCUGCGGAUGUGGACUUCAAAGAGGUCGAUGCCACUGUGGACGAGUUUAGCGAACGAUUGCUCUCCUUGAUCGAAACGAGCGGACUAGAACAGAAACGACAGGCUUUCACCGAUGCUCCUCUGAUCAUGGAUUGGGAAAUUGAAUACAAUAUUGGCGAGAAGAUUGGAAUGUUAAACAGGACGCUACUUGACGGCGAGGACGAGCGUAUGGAGUUUCUUCGAUUAUCAAUGGAGCAAGUCAGAGGAACGAAUAUUGGCGAAAAGACAUGGAAGGAAAAGAUAAAGCGACACAAAGCAGAAAUUAUGCAUGUACCCGCACCUGCAGCAACAGUCACUUCCGUUGAUGAGGCCACAGAUGUACCGGAUAUUGUUGAGAAAAUAUCAGAAGUGCAAGAGCUUUUCCCAGAUUAUGGUACUGGAUUUAUCGAAGCUUGUUUGAAAGCAAACAGCAAUCAAGUGGAAACAGUUAUCAUGCAGUUACUGGAUAAUACCCUUCCUCCAUCCGUAGCAGAUUUAGACCGAAGCAUGGAACGGCAAGUCACUGAAUAUGUGCCAGAGACAUCAACCGAAGAGAGUGUGCUGAAGACACGUCGCAAUAUAUUCGACAAUGACGAGUUCGAUCUGUUUUCACGGCAACCUAUCGAUAGUAACAAAAUUCAUCUGGGAAAGAAAAACCGAGGAGUCACUGAGACUUUGCUGAAUGAUUCGAGCUUCAUGGCGGAACAAAAGAAGAAUGUGUUGGAACGUAUAUACAAUAUGUACGAAGACGAGUACGACGAUACAUACGAUGAUGUGGACAAUGCGACAGGCUUGGAAGCAACAGAAGAAGGAGGAGAUGCCUUGGAUACGGUGCGUGCCAAGAAGGCACCAGCUGUGGAUCCAGGAAUUGUUUAUGAAAGCGAGCUAGUGCAUGCAUUCAUCGACACACCAGAUAUAUUUGCAAGAUCUUCGGCUGCAAGAAAGUCAACGAAACGAGCAGAGAUGAGAAAGCAUACAAAUAUGACAGACGAACAACUGGAGGGUUGGGCCAUAAUGUUCAACCGCAAUCCGCGCAAACAGAGAAUUCUGGACAAGUACAUGUUAUUUGAUGGCCAACAGACGGAAGUCUCUGCCGAAGUAUCGUCACAUCAACAGCAGCAAAGUCAGUCGUCCAAAAAGCAGCAUAGCCGACCGCCCAGAUCGGCUUCAAAGGAAAAGGCAUUCAGAGAAAAGAACAAAGCUCGGUUCGGCAACCAUAACCGGAAAAAGAUGCAUGACAAGAAGCUUAACAAGGCUGGAAUGGGCGCAAAUCAGACAACAAGCUAGAGGUUCGCAUAGAAUACAGUUAUAGACUGUAGACUUUUAAUAUGGUCGCUACUAGAUCAAAAUUCACAAAUUUUUAAAGAAUCGGGUCAGAAAGGUGUUCUACCCUUAAUCGAGAUGUACAAUAUAAAAAACAACACUUACAUAUUC